CUAUUUCAAUUCAAACCAUAAGCAAUUACUCACCAGAAGAAAAAUAAAAAUCAAGUAAGAAAGAAGCAUAAAGAGAAGGAAAAACAAUGAAGUUUCAGGUGAUAAUUUUGGUGCUUUUGGCCUUGUUGUUAGCCACAACAAGUGCUCAACAAUGUGGAAGACAAGCUGGAGGGCGUGUCUGUGCAAACAGGUUGUGCUGCAGCCAAUUCGGGUUCUGUGGUACGACUCGGACAAACUGUGGACCUGGUUGCCAGAGCAAUUGUCGCCGUUAUGCCACUGACACCACUGGCGAAGGUGAAAAUGUUAACAAUGCUGAACUCAAGAAUAAUGGCGGUCCCAACUAAUAAACUCAUGAUACCUCUCUAAAAGGAAUAAGGUAUAAUAUUAGUUGUUGUGUGUUUAAAAUAAGUUGUAAUUUCAGAAUAAAGUGAGAGGUCGUUGUACAACUUUCACUGGGACUUCAGUGUCAUAUGUGGAACACUAUAUAUGUAACAUUAACCUUUCUCUGGGAUUUUCUAGUUCGUUAAGUAAUACUAAAAAUAUUAUAUAA